GGGAAUCAAAAGAAAUUGCCCUCUCCUUUGCCCACCACUCUCCCCCCCACCUGCUCAAGAUAUGGUAAGCGCCACAUGAUUUCCACACCCCAUAGGAAAAAGGCACCAUUGCUGACAUCACCUGUAUCUCUUCCGGGGAUUUUGGUGGGCCCCACAUCUCUCUCUCUCUCUCUCUUUCUCUCUCUAAAGUCUAAACUCUACUCCCCCGCACCUUUGCCCUUUUGCUUUCAUACAAGACUCUCUAUUAAUUUUUCAGAUUUUCUGUAUCCUCUCUCUCUCUCUCUCUCUCUCUCUCCUCUCCUAUUCUUAGUAUAUAGUCUUUGCUAUGAUAUGUAUGUCACCGCCACAACCCAUCAACCCGCCCCCAACGAAAAAAUAUAUACAUUUAUGGAGAUUUAUGAUUUUGCCCAUUUAAUUAUUCAUUUUUAGUUAGUUGUUCUAGAGUGGGGGGGUUCUUUUUUUAUUAUUGCAUUGCUUGUCCCUUAAUUCAAAAUCAACUUGGAAAAUUUGCAAGAUUUGGGAGGAAACCUGGUCGGAUCUUGCUUUGUGGGGGGGUGUGGAUUUUGGUGGGUCUUAUUUCAUUACAAAGCUCCUCUCUUUUUUCAUCUCCCACAAACCAAAAACUAAAAAAUAGUUAACCAACAAAAAAAAAAAAAAAAAAAAAAACCCAUCCAGAAAAACUUGUUUCUUUGCCAAAGAUUGGAUUUUUGGUUUAGUGCAAUGGGAAUGGCAGCUACAGAGUCACAAUUUCAUGUUUUGGCUGUUGAUGACAGCCUUCUUGAUAGAAAGCUUAUUGAGAGGCUCUUGAAGACCUCAUCUUAUCAAGUUACUACAGUUGAUUCCGGUAGUAAGGCUCUUGAGUUUCUGGGUUUUCAUGAGGAUGACCAAAUCAAUCCAGAUUCUCCUUCUAUUUCCCCAAAUAAUCAUCAGGAAGCGGAAGUGAAUCUUAUUAUUACAGAUUACUGUAUGCCAGGCAUGACAGGCUACGAUCUGCUAAAGAAAAUCAAGGAAUCCUCAUCUCUGAGAAACAUACCAGUAGUGAUCAUGUCAUCUGAGAAUGUGCCUUCAAGAAUCACAAGAUGCUUGGAAGAAGGGGCAGAAGAGUUCUUCUUGAAGCCUGUACAAUUAUCAGACUUGAAAAGGCUUAGGCCCCAUAUGGUGAAAACCAAAGUGAAGGAUCAAAAUCUUGACAAGAAACAAGAAAAUCAAGAAAACCCAGAAGAGAAACUAGACAAACAAGAGAUUCAAUCAGAAAAAUUGCAACAACAACAACAAAUGGGCAACAAUAAUAACAAGAGGAAGGCAAUGGAAGAGAGCCUUUCUCCUGAUAGAACCAGACCAAGAUACAGCAAUGGAGUUGCCACUGUUGUUUGAUGGUUGGUCUCUUUUGAAAUUUUACCCUUUUCAUCUGAACCUUGUAAUUUUGUUAACUCUUUUUUUCCCCCCCUUUUCUUUCUUUCCCUUUUUUUUUUUUACCCCAUUACUGCUGGUUAAUACUGGCUGAAUAGGAGUUGUAGAGAAAGAGCUUUCUCAUGUAUACAGUUUUACAUGGAAAUCUUUCAUUCACAAAUUUUGUUGUGCUAAUUACAAAAAAAAAAAAAAAAAAAAAAAAACCAAGCACUGUGUAUGUGAAUUGUGAUUAAUGUAUGUUGCAGAGCAAUAGAUUGAUAAUUGGCCAGAGCCAAGAACUAAUUUUGAGUUAGAAACUUUUUUGUUUAAUUGCCAUAAUUUAUUACACGUCCCUCCUAAUGCCAAAAGCACACACUUGAGCUGAAAAACUUUGGUUACAAAGUUGAUAGGGAAAACAAUUGGGUCAAAACAGU